UGAGUGUAGACAUCUCAGGGCAGUUGUGGGUUCAAGGUGGUCUGACUUUGCAUAACCAUUACAUAACCACCGAGCUAGUGUACAGGCACAAAGGCUGAAGCUUGCAUCUAGGGGGUGGGGUACGUGGGGUUUACGGCAGACCGCGGAAGUGAUUUCUAUCAGCACUACGAGCUGUCAGCUACUGCUGCAACAAUGUGGAUCUCCGUGGUGAUCAUUUCUGUGGGUUUAGUUGUUUUUCUGUUCAAAUAUGUCACAAGAAAGAAAGGACCUAAUCCGUUUGGUGUUGAUACUCGAGAGCCGGUGAAACCGCUGGUCACGGAUAAGAAAGAAAAAAAUAAAGUUCUCAAGCAAGGAUUUCUAGCCAGCAAGGUGCCGGAGAACCUGGAUGCCAUUGUGAUCGGUAGUGGGAUCGGUGGGUUGGGGCUUGCGGUGCUUCUCGCCAAGGUUGGGAAACGAGUUCUGGUCCUGGAGCAACAUGACCGCGCCGGUGGCUGCUGCCACACCUUCACGGAGAAAGGCUUCGAGUUUGACGUUGGUAUCCACUACAUCGGGGACUUGCUUAAUCACAAGCCUUUUCGCUGCAUGAUUGACCAGCUGACCAACGGGCAGCUGCAGUGGGUGCCCCUGGAAAACCCCUUCGACAAGGUGGUGCUGGGCCCCCCCGAGAACAGACGGGUAUACCCCAUCUACAGCGGCCAGGACCGCUUCCUGAAGGAGCUGAAGAGGUGCUUUCCCGGGGAGGAGAAGGCCAUCGACAAGUACAUGGAGCUCAUCAUGAAAGCCGGCCGUGGUGUUUGGUUUCUGGUACUGCUGAAGCUCCUCCCACUUCCCCUGGCCAAUUUCCUGGUAUACACUGGCCUGGCCAGUCGGCUCUCUCCAUUCUUCAGAUACGCCUCGCGCAGUCUGACUGAAGUGGUGAACGAGCUGACGGACAACCAGGACCUGAGGGCAGUCUUCUGUUACAUCUUCGGCACUUAUGGAAACAUCCCGAAGUAUGCCAGCUUCUCCAUGCACAGUCUCCUGGUGUGCCACUACCUGAACGGUGCCUGGUACCCCAAGGGGGGCGCCAGCGAGAUCGCCUACCACAUGAUCCCCACCAUUGAGAAGGCUGGGGGGGCGGUGCUGGUCCGCGCUCCGGUGAACCGCAUCCUGUUCAACGAGGCCGGAGAAGCGUACGGCGUAAGUGUGAUGAAGGGUCAGGAGGAAGUGCACGUACAUGCCCCCAAGGUCAUCUCCAACGCUGGGUUCUUCAACACGUACCAGCAGCUGCUACCUAAGGAGCUACAGGCUCUUCCUGCCGUGCAGACGCAGUUGAGUAUGAUGAAGAAUGGACUGGGGGGGCUGAGCAUGUUCCUCGGGCUGAAUGGCACCAAGGAGGAGCUGGACCUGAAAGCUGACAACUACUGGAUCUUCUCCGAGAACAACCUGGACGAACCGGUAGAGGCCUAUAUGAAUGGAAACAGGGAGGAGUCGGCCAAGAAGAUACCCUUGCUAUUCGUCGCUUCGGCCUCAGCCAAAGACCCGACGUGGGAGGAAAGACAGCCAGGGAAGUCCACUCUGAGCCUGGUCACCUUCGCCAGUUAUGAGUGGUUUGAGGAGUGGAAGGACGGGAAGGUGACCAACCGGGGCAUGGACUACAAACAGCUGAAGGAGGCCUUCAUCAACACUGUCGUCGACAUGGUGGUCCAAAUCUUCCCCUGCAUAAAGGACAGGAUUGAGUACAUCGACGCCGGGACUCCCAUAACGAACCAGCACUACAUCGGCGCUCCGCGCGGGGAAAUCUACGGCUGCGACCACAGCACGGUUCGCUUCAGCCCCGCUGUCAGCGCCACCAUCCGGCCCCAGACUCCGCUGAAGAACCUCUACCUUACAGGUCAGGACGUCUUCGCGUGCGGUUUCGCGGGGGCGCUGGCUGGAGCCCUCACCUGCGGCUCGGUUCUCCUCCAUCGGAACCUGCACCUCGACGCCAUCGCCCUGGCCAAGAGCCUCCACAGCAUUCAUGACAAGAAGAAGCUGUAGUCUGAAAUAAUUUAAAAAUUAAUUAUUUCCAUUUUUAUUAAAUAAGUGAAUGCAA